AUGGCGAACCUUGAGGGGCUGAAUGACUUCCAGCUGUUCAAAGCUUGCGGGCCCCUCUACCCGGUCUUCGCCCUUGAAAGUUUGGCAAGCGUUCUCAUGGGAGUCUUCUUCUGCUACCUGGCCCUGCGCAUUGCCGUGCGCACCGAAGUCAAUGCCCCAGCGUGGGCAAUGUAUCGCUGGUUCUUUGACACCAUCAACCCGUCCUUCCAAUUUUGGUGGAAGGAAGUCAAGAACUGGCCGAAGAUGUGCAAUCGGCCAUUGGCCGACCGCGUGAACCUGUGCCAGAUGCUGAACCUGGCCAUGGUCAUCGCCCAGGCAGCUGCCUUCUUCAUGACUGCCUUCCGCUGGCUCCACAUCCAAAAUGUGAACGGCCUGCGAUACCUGGCAUAUGCCUUCACGUGCGCCGUGAUGCAGGCAGAGCUGGUUAUCCUCAUUGCGCCUUACGUUCCAUGCUUCAGAUUCAACGUCAUCGCGGUGGUUAUGUUCACGCACGCGUGGAUGAUUCUGGGUUGGAUCGGCUCACUUCAGAGCGGCAUGUUGUUUGAGGACGCCAGUUGGGAGGAGUUCAUCGAGAACUACGAUUGGUCUGUCCUCGUCGUGACCAACAAGGGGUUGCUCAUCGGAUCGACCACUGUUGGAAUGUUCGUGGUGAUGUUCAUUCAAAUGCCGUUCCUUCUCUUGAUGUAUUUCCUCGGAGGCGGCUGCCGUGCCCACCCAGACCUUCCAUUCUACUACCUUCGUUUGCUGGCCGUAGUUUGGACCACCUGGCCAGCCUUCCCUGCCUGGUGGCUGGUGUCCGCAGAGGGCCUGGGCCUCCUGUCAGAUGCCAAGUCCAAUGCUGUGGGCUUUGGCAUCCUCAACAUUUGUUCCAAGGGCGCGUUCACCUACUUCAUGCUCAAGAUCUACGCUGAUUAUCAAACGCGCUUUCCAAAGCCAGACGUGGGCCAGAAGCCGCCGGAGCCCCCCAGGAUCGUGAAGGCCCUGCAGGAGUUUGACAGCGACGAUGGCAAGGCUUUGAUCACGCAGAAAGCCAAGAGGGCGGUGGCCAAGGACGUGGCAGAAGGGUCUGCCUGGAAGGUUGCCGCAUUACUUGGCAGGACACGCUUUUUGUUUCUUCCUGAAGGUAUUUGGCACAAUGUUGGGAGCAUGGCGGGGUUGACAACUGCAAUUACCCAUGAACCGGUACUGAAACAACAAUCUAGCAACUCCGCUGCAGAGCCUGGUAAGCAGGCUUUGCAUGAAGGGGUGCCCGACGAAACCGCCGUCACAGCCCUGGACAUGAUGAAUCCUUGA